AUGAACCAACGCAUCGCCGCCAUCAACGACAAGAUCGACUCUAUCCUAGCAGCAUUGCACUGGGAUCGCCAAGAUCUCAAGAACUGGUACAUUCAAGAACAAAGGGAAUGCGUGUCAUGUCCAUUCGAUCGUCGCCACCUGGUGCCCCGUGAUGGGCAAGAGUCUCACCUACGAAAGUGUAUGGAGAAGCAUCAAAAGGAUGGUGGUGCAAGGAGGAAGUUGCCAAGCAGUGCUCGCUAUUUUUAUGCACAUGCACCUGCCGUUGUCUCGUUCCAGACUGAUGCAACAGUGGAAGAUCAACAAAAGCGUAAUGCACAAGGUGUUCUGGUGUAUCCAUUAUCAGAUGAUUCGUCGGUGCGCUUUGCCCGCGAGCUACGCAUCAAAUACAAUCGGCCGGAUCCUGGUCCCGGAAAUAUCCAUGACAUGACACAGGAGGAAGGCGACAAGGCUGACACAAUGACCGAUGAGCAAUCUUCUUCUGGUCCAAGAGCUAUCAAAAGACGUCCAAAGACCUAUCGUGUCAAGGUUACCAAGCAACGCACUGCCAUUGAGGUUCAACGGCAGCUGGUCCAAGCAUACAUGCAAGAACUCAAGUGA